UCACGUGAAAUCAGCGAAUGUUCACGUGAUGUAGAAAAUCAGACGAUGCCCACACAACAGUUGCUCGUCGGUGCCCGUUUCGUGUUUCCGUCUUCCCAGCGCUCUCUCAGUGCCUGUUAGCCAUUGACGCUCUGUUCGCCGGGCUCUGUUGGUUUGAUUGGCACGGACGAAUACAAAAAAAAUUUCUAGCGAACAACGAGGAAAUAGAUCGAGAAUCCUCGACAAACUUUUAAAGAUCCGACCAACAUGUACAGUAACGGAUAUUCCAAUCAAACCUCUUUCAGACCCAGGGGGAACAGAGAGUUUGGCAACCGGAAAGGGGGUGGAACUUAUUGGAACAGCCAACAACAAACUCAACAAACUGAUUUUAGUUCAAAGAAGUCAAGUUUAAAAAAGAUGCCAGGUGAUUUGUUGAAGAAACCAAAUUGGACUUUGGGUGAUUUACCUUAUAUUAAUAAAAAUUUAUACACACCAAAUCCCAAUAUAUUUAAACGUUCUCUCGAAGAAGUCAACAAAUACAGAGUAGAAAAGGAAAUCACUGUUAAAGGAAAAAAUAUCCCCUUUCCAAUACAGGCAUUUGAGGAAAGCAACUUUCCUUAUUAUGUUAUGGACAAAAUCAUAAAGCAGGGCUUCAAAGAACCAACCGCUAUUCAAGCUCAAGGUUGGCCGAUUGCGCAAAGUGGAAGAGACAUGGUUGGAAUUGCACAAACCGGAUCUGGUAAAACUUUAGCUUAUAUAUUGCCGGCAAUCAUCCACAUUCAAUGUCAACAAAAAUUGAAGCAAGGAGAAGGUCCACUUGUGUUGGUUCUUGCACCAACAAGAGAAUUGGCACAGCAAAUUCAAACAGUUGCACGCGAUUUUGGAACGUCGUUGGAAAUCCGCAACACCUGUAUUUUCGGCGGCUCUCCGAAAGGACCUCAAGCACGAGAUUUGGAGCGUGGCGUUGAGAUUUGCAUCGCCACUCCAGGAAGAUUGAUCGACUUUUUAGAAAAAGGCACGACCAAUCUUCGAAGAUGCACAUAUCUCGUGCUCGAUGAAGCCGACAGAAUGCUGGACAUGGGCUUUGAGCCCCAGAUCAGAAAAAUCAUUGAACAAAUCAGACCAGACCGACAAGUGCUCAUGUGGUCUGCCACUUGGCCAAAGGAAGUGCAAGCUCUUGCCGAAGAUUUUCUUAAUGAUUACAUUCAGGUUAACAUUGGCUCUCUGAUGUUGGCCGCGAAUCACAACAUUCGACAAAUCAUUGAAAUUUGCCAGGAACAUGAGAAGGAAGCUAAAUUAUCAAAGUUAUUGCGGGAACUGGGUUGCGAACGCGGAAACAAGACAAUUAUAUUUGUUGAAACUAAGAAGAAGGUUGAUGACAUCACUAAAACCAUCAAACGAGAGGGAUGGUCAGCAAUUGCAAUUCACGGUGAUAAGUCGCAACCCGAACGGGAUUACGUUCUCUCUGAGUUUAGAACGGGAAAAACUGCGAUUCUAGUGGCAACCGACGUGGCAGCUCGAGGUUUGGAUGUGGAGGAUGUGAAAUACGUCGUGAAUUUUGAUUAUCCCAACAGUUCGGAAGACUACAUUCAUAGGAUAGGUAGAACAGGACGUUGUCAAAGCGCUGGUACAGCUUAUGCUUUCUUCACACCCAACAAUGCUCGUCAAGCGAAAGAAUUGAUCUCCGUUCUUGAAGAAGCUGGUCAAACGAUCAAUCCUCAACUCGCGGAAAUGUCCAAUUCACAAAGACAUCAGUAUGGAAAGGGAAGGCAACGCUGGAGUAACAACCGAAACCCAAAGGACAGCAAUUCAUUGGGUAGUCCAAGGAAUAACCAUAGUCCCAAUACAAAUGGCUGGCAGAAUCAGCAUAUCAUUCAACCGAGCCAGAUGAAUGGUGGCCAGGAACGUCAAAUGAUGCGGUCACAAAAUACUUAUCAGAAUAAUCGACAAGGCGGAUAUCAGAACAAUUAUCAACAACAACAACAACAACAACAACAGACAACUGUUGCGCAAACAGCACAACAACCGCAGCAGCACCAUCAUCAACAGCAGCAACAGCAACAACCACGGCAAUCUAAUGGCUAUCAUCACUCUGGAGGAUAUCAGGCGAACGGCAACGGAAUUCAAAACACUUAUCAGGCAACGUCGGCACCUCGUUACCAAAAUCGUGUUGGCUAUCAAGGAAGUCGCUUCAACAAUCGCCAAAGCACUUUCAACGGAGGACAGAAUGGGCAAUGCAUGUACUCAAUGCCGCCGCCUUUCAUGAUGCCUUCCGCCGGACCCACUGACAGCAGCAUUCAAAGUCUAGUUAACAACAAGUUCUUCCAACCGACCAAUCGACCACCGCCUGGUCCCAAUGCUUGCGCCUAUCAGUCGAUGGGCUACGGUCAGUUCCAAGCCGUUCCACCCUAUGGAUACCCCUACCCACCGACGCCCGUUCAACAGUGACGCCUUCCAAGAGGUAAAAUUUCCGAGAUUCGAGCCAAUUAAAUUCAAAUACUCGAAUUUUAAUCCUAUUCUCUCGUACAGAUGAAAGUUUUUUGUGAUUUGCGUGGGAUAGUUGAUUUUUUUCCGCUAUGUUCUUAUUAGAAUACUUGGUAUUUUGUUUUAAUUUUUUUCCUUUAUUUACACUUUUCUGGAAUGAUGCCGCAAUCUCCUAACAAUGUUACACAACAAAGUUACACAACUUAUUUUUUAACAAAAAAAAGAUGAAUCCACGAUUCAGAAAAAGGAAAAUUAAAUUAUUUUCCUCCAAAUUUGAAUAAAGUAAAUAAAAUAAAUAAAAUUUCACUCUUGGCACAUUCCAGGUUAGUUGAUGUAGCGAUAGUUAGUAGAAAUGGUAUAUCAAUAUAUUAAUAUUGAAAUAUUGGUCGGAACCACGAAUAUAAUUAUGAUGGACGACCCUACGGUAAUUAAAUAGUAAUCUUUUUGCGAUAACUAUGUAAACUACUUGUAUGCUUUUCUGAAAUGCACGAAACAUAUAGAAGGGGGGUGGGUUAGGAUUAAUAAUUUAUAAUUUAUUUAUAUCUCGGGGUAUGGACAGAAGACGCUUUACAAAGGAAACACGAAGGCCUUUUGCAUAAAAAUUUAGCUGUGCGCCCAAUUGAGAAACGACCAUGUUCUAGAGAAAUCCGCGACGAGACCAAUUGCGUCUUUAUAAAUAUUGUAAGCUUUCUUUCCCACAUUUAAAAAAAAAAUGCUGCAGUCCGAUUGGAGAGAUCUUUCGUACACGGAGAAAGUUGAAAUAAUGGCAAAAAAAAAAAAAAAUUAAUAGGAUUUCGUGCGAAAUAGGAAAAAAUACGAUCUUCCAAGCUGUCAAUCGACAAUCGAAUGAAUGGUUUAAUCGAACCCUAGGAAAGAGGCUAAAUGAAAAAAAAAUUCGGGCGCGUAGUCAUAUGGCUGUGCAUCUCGGAGCAAAGCUCUUUGUAUCUUAUUUUUGUAUCGAAAGUAAUUUGUUGUUAGAACGAAUAACGAUAUAACAGAAAAACAAGUAUCGUUUUUUGAUGUUUAUGCAAUUGGCCACCGAGUGGCCUUGCUCUACAUCGCAGAUUACGGAGGGAAAGUGCAGACUAGUCGCGAGCUAAAAAGAAAACAAAAAUAAAUAAAUAAAACUUGAAUCGUACCUGUGUUCUUUUAUUAGUUUUCUCGCGUCAAAAUUCUGUGACCACAAUUUUUAAUUUAGCGAACAGGAAAAAAAAGUCUAGGUUGUUAUAUAAUACAUAAAGGUUUAAUAGGCUGCAUAAAAAAUAUUAACAUUACCAAACACGUGAGGCUAACAACUCUGUUCCAUAACGCGUCUAAAAAAUUUUAAACGCGAUUAAACAUGUUGUUUAAUGGUAUUUGUGAUCGACACGAUCUAACCAACUCCGUGUUAAUUUUUGUGAGCCUCCAGAUUCACAAAAAAAUCGUUUUUAAAGAAUUUAAAAGUUCUUACUUUGUCAAGUUCUAUGCAUUUUAAUAACGCACAUCGACUUCUCACAUAUACUCGCUUUUAUGUACAAUAGAUUUCAAUUUUCAUCCAAAGAAAAUUAAUUUAAUUUUCCUUUUUCAUUUGAAAAUAUGAGAAACGAAAUUUUUCCUUUCUCUUCAAGAAUUUUUUUUUUAAAUCUAUUGAAUAUAAAUUUGAAAGUUGCAUCACAUUUUUUUAUUUCGAAUUAGUUGAAACAAAUUACAGAUUAAUCGAGAGUCAAGUAAACUGGAGGCUCCCGCACAUUGCGUACGCCCCUUAUCGAAUAAAAAUUCACCCAAAAAAAUUUCGUUUUCUAAGACGAUCAUUUUUCUAGAAAUUAUUCUUUAUUGAAGAAUUUUCUUCUCGGAGAAAUUAAAAAAAAAAAAAAAAGUAUAAUAUUGAAAAGGUAUUUAGGAAGAGGCAUUUUUUUUUAAAUUGAUAAAGGGUGUACGCGUAGUUCUGUGAUAUGUAUGAUGUAGCGUAUUAAUAGACUCACUGUUCUAUUAUACAUCAUGAUUAAAAUAGGAAACGUAUCUCAUCAGUUUUGUAUGUGGUAUAUCAUAUCAUAUUAAUCUCGAUGGUAUUAGCGAAAUGUACUAUCGACUUAGAAAAAAAAGAAUUCAAAUGAUUAUUUAAAAAAGAGAAGAAAACAGUCUUUUUGCGAGUCUCCCAAGAAUAGGUCGAUAUCGAGGGGAAAAUAAAAAAAAUAAAAAAGUUGUAAUGAUGGGGCUAUAGCAACUUGUACUCUUAUCGUAAACACCGACUGUUAAAUAUGUAUAUAUACAACAGCUGUUUGAAAUUAUUUUCUAAAAAUUUAUAACAAAAAAAAGCGUUAAUUAAAAAGUAAAGUAAAAAAAAACUGUCUGUGGUGGUCGCACCUCACACUCUUAAAUACACGUAAAGAAAAGUGCAAAAUGCGCUGCCGCUGUGUCGCCAACUGAUGAGAAAGAUAGGCGUGCUUUUUUAAAAAAGAGAAAAACAAACCCCCAUUGAAAAAUGAGUAACGUCUGAUCAAAAAUCAUUGAGAAAAUAUUUUUUUUUUGUCAAUUAUUUUAUUAAUUUUUUUCAUUAAUUUCGCCUAUACAUUAAAAUAGGAUUUUAAUUUUUAUAUUAUUAGUACUAUUAUUAUUAUUAUUCUUAUUAUUAUUCUUAUUAUUAUUAUUAUUAUUAUUAAUAUUAGUGUAUUCUUUCUCGAUAUCUAUAAUCAGAAAUAUGUGCGAUUUUUGAUCCUGCGUAACUCAAAAAUGUUAUAUUGUUUUUAUUUAUUUUUUUUUGCUAUAUUAUAAUUAUAAUUAUUUUCUUGAAGGAAACAUAAUUAGUAUGCGUGGAUGUCGCACCUCAGUGUACACCGGUGAUAGUUGACUACUCGUAUUGAAAAAAAGAGAGAUCGACAAUUACUGAGAAAAUUAAAAAAAAAAAAAAAGUACCUUCGCAAUUUAAUGCUGAGCGCUGUGAUAUCACGUACAUAAACAUUUUUAAUUAUUAAAAUAAAGAUGAAUACGCAUAUUGUAAUGUUAAACGAAUAUUAUCUCCUUUAAUAUGAAGACUGAAUCUCUCGCCAAUUUAUAUACGAGUUUAGCAGCUGCAAGUACACGUUCACAUAAAUACUGUACGCUAUAAAUACCUAUUUGUAUAUUAUUACUAUAUUUUAUAUAUUUGGAUGACGCCGUCCUUGUUGGGGCGCGGCUGUAACUAUUACGUUAGUUCGAUAGUGGGUGUACAUCUAGCAUAAUUUUUGCAAAGUUAUUAUCAUCACAAUAUUAUCUUGUGGGUUCAAUGUUAUAUCAGUAUUUUCUACGUUAAAGAAACAGUUUUUAAAUGUAGAAGAAUCUCUUUUUCUAUAGUGUCUCUUGUGCGUCUAAUCUAAAAAUCAUUUUUUUUAUACGUACAAUAAUCGAAUUUAAUGAAAUGAAAUCUAAUCUCUACUUAAUUUAUUCAAAAUUUGUAUAUAGAUGUAUUUUUAAAUCAACCCCAAGUUUUGUUUUAACUUGAGUUUAAAUGUCUUUUAAGACAACGAUUCGUCCUCGUGAAAAAAAGAAAGAAACUUGUCAAAGAGAUGAUGAUGGGUUCAAAAAGUCUAUUUUUUUUGGUGUCGUCUGUAUUUUACACUUGACAGCGUAGAAUAAUUGUCACAUACGAAUAUUGCAUAUUGCAAUAUGUAUGAACUCUCCUACCUUUCUCGUACGUGCAUGACACAAACACAUACACAAACACAAAUAUAGACGCACCUCUGUGUGCACAAAGAAUCGGCAUCGCCCCCUAUUCAUUGAACUAAUGCUCUUAAAAAAAAAAAAAAAAAAAAAAGUAUUGAUCCUCUUCGUGCAGCAUCUUAUGCGUCUCUGCGUUAGUGUUUAUUGUCUACUUAUUUUGUAUCGUCUCUCGUUAAAUUAAAUUCCACAAUUAUAUAGAAAUCAUUACCUAGUUCGAAAAAGGCCUGUUGGGAACAUAUUUCUUUUAUAUUUUCAAAUAUCUGCACAUAUGUUCAUGUUCCACAGAACAAACUACCAGAAUCUAGUCAAAAUUAUUAUAAUAUCACUAAGUCCAACGGAGUUAACACUCUUUUGAGUUCCUUACGUAAAAAGAAAAAGAAAAUGAAAAUUUUUUUUUCAUUGCACUCAAUGCAUUUUUUUGUUGUUACGUCGACAAAUUGUUUUAUUACAGAUUCAAUAAAACAACGUUUUUUCAAAGAAAAGGAAAGAAAAAACGAAAAAAUGAUGAAAGGUGUUUUGUAGAGGCCUUCAUUAUAAUAUAUUUUGAGCAACCUUACUAUUUUGCUCAAUACAAUCAAACUGUUACGAAGUGAUAUUAUAAAUAUAAAGAGGUAUUAUAUCGUGUAAAUUGAGCGAACUUGACGGGCAUAUAUAAGUUUUUAUAUUUGAUACUAGUUUAUGAUAGUAAAAUGAAAAAAAAAGAAAAGGGGAAAGGAAAUACUAACAAUAAGAAACUGUUCCCAGGACGUUAGCCGAAUGAUUAUAUUCCCUGGCGUUAGUUUUUACAAAGAGAGAGAGAGAGAGAGAGAGAGAGAGAGAGAGAGAGAGAGAGAAAAAGAGAUAAUUAUUAUGAAGAGGCGUAUUUAUUUUUUGACCAUGACAUAAUUUUGGGGAGCAAAGUGAUAAUUAGUAGUUACACGUAUGAAUACGAAUAUAUUACUAUGAACCUUGCUGAAAAAAAAGAAAUAAAAAGUAACGUCCUUUAAAUAUAAAUAAAAAUAAAAGCACCAAAUGCCCUUUGCAGUGCUCGUGAACAUUUAUUAUUUUUGAGCUAAACAGGCGGAGACAAAAAGCAAAAACCGUUUAUUGUAAGACCACUGGAAGAAAGACAGUUCGACAAAAAACGAUAAGAAAAUAAAGAUUUUAUGAUACUGCUCUACAUUCAGAUUCUCUUCUGUAGGUUUCACUAAAGUGCAUUUCUUGUAUGUUAUACAGUAUUAUAAUAGAAAAUAAAAUAAACACAUUGCAAUUACAAA